AAUUAGUCAUCACUUCAUUUAGUCAAUCAUCAUCAGCAGCAGUGCUGUUAUUAGUAUUGGUAUCAAUGGUAAAAUGGCAAAUAAUAACAGUUAUAUUGAUGAAAUUAAUUGCUCUCAUCUUUUAGUUUGUUUUUCAUCUCCGAAAAAAGUAAUUAUAUGGAGCAAAAGUUAAUCUGGAUUCUUUCAGACAGAUGUAUUCAGUAGGGCUGGUUUUGGCUGCUGUCCUGAUCACAUGUGGGCCAGAUAAUGCCAACGCUCAGGUCUCAGGCACCGAUGGUACGAAUGCAACAGUCGCAAAUAUCACAAAUGUCAACACUUCCUCCAGUAAUACAGGGACUGACAAAGGUGAUUCUCGGAUAUUGGAGGUGGUUAUGUUCAUACUGCUUGUUGUCAUGUGGCUCACUGUGCCUUUCAUGUCCUGGGGCUUCACGAUUCCUGCUACCAUUAUCUUUCGCAGUAUCUUUGUGGAUUUGCUUGGGGAGAAUAUGUUCGUAGAAGUUUUCGGUGGAACUGGAGGUAGUGGUCCCCUAAUGCUUGUAGAAGAUGCCUUCCGGGGGGUCUUCUUUUAACUUCCAAUACAUAUACCUUGCUUAUCAUUCAUGCCCAUCAGUCCUAGACAUCAUUAACUCUGUAGAAAGCCUCUACUAAUACCAUAGGAAUAGUAGUACCAAUCUGUUUUCUGUAAUGUGAUUUGGAUUCAGGUGUUGACUUUUCAGCAAAGAGUGAGAGGAAAAAUAAAAGGGGAACAUCGUCAUUAAUCAGACAAGGUACACAAAUAAAGCUGUGUAAGACAUCGACUGGUUAUGUUGUUUUUUUUUGCAAAACUACAUUUAAAUAUACUGAAAUACCAAAGGGGAAGUUGAUGAUUGAGUUUCAAUACAUGACUGGAAUUAUGCAAGCAGUAACUUAACAAGUGUAGAUACAAUAUGUUUGACACGAGAAUCAAGCACAGAAAACAAGCGAAGCUGAAAUACUCCCUAGACUGACCAUAUAAAUUUAAAUGAAUAAGUCCACGACCUAUGAAGAAUAUUCUUUUAUAUAUUUAAGCCCUUUCUCUUAUCCAUUAUAAAAUGUUAACACACACACACACACACACACACACACACACACACACACACACACACACACACACACACACACACACACACACACACACACACACACACAC